AUUAUAUCAGAGCGUGUCUUAAGUUAAGCCAACAACUGGUCAAUGGUUUUGUUAUUCUUCAGCUUUUUAAAGGAAACGCUUUCAUUAGAGGCAGAAAAGCAGUCAAUUCCCUAUACGAUCAGCAACUCGUCAGUAUGGACAUUCAGGGAGACUUUACGCCCAGUAAUGCCGACGGAUUUAUCAAGACAUCAGCCAUACGAUAUAAAUUGAUUGCAGAUUAUAUGGGAGAGUAUUCAAUUCGUAUUACAAGAAAAAAUGAUGAGAACAGACAAACCCAUAGCCGAAACCCACCCACACCUCCGCCAUCGUAUGAACAGGUCAUACAAAUGAAUGGUUUGCCUAAUUAUAACGACGCUAUUCAGCAGCAAAAAAGUCAAUCCAAAGUGAUUUAU